AUGAGCAAGGCCAUCAGAUUCGACGAUGGGGCCACACAAUUCCGUCAACGUCUCAUUGCUAGUAUACUAUCACACAGACCCGUCUUGAUUCGAAAUAUUCGGGCUGAAGAUUUGGAGAAUCCUGGACUGAAGGACUACGAAGCAAGUUUUCUGCGACUUUUGGACAGCAUGACCAAUGGAAGCAAAAUGGAAAUCAACAACACUGGUACACAACUCAGAUUUCAACCUGGGGUUCUAUUGGGAGGGGAUAUUCAACAUCAAUGUCCUGAUUCAAGAUCAAUAGGGUGGUUUCUGGAAGGAAUCAUGCCUUUGGCCCCGUUCGGAAAAGAAGAACUAUCGAUAUACUUUGAGGGUAUCACGGAUGGAUGUUGCGAAUUGGAUCCAUCUGCAGACUACCUUCAAAAGUCUGCAAUCCCUCUCUUUGCGAAAUUUGGAAUUGGUAUCGAUGACGACGAUUCUGCUGUACGAAUCCGAGUUUUACAACGAGCAGCUGCACCCACUGGUGGGGGCAAGGUCCACUUUCAAUGUCCGAUCGUCAAGGAAUUGACACCUAUCAACUUUACAGAUCCUGGAAGAAUCAAGCGGAUAAGAGGCACUUCCAUAUCAUGCAAGAUCGUUUCCUCGUCAAUGGCUGCUCGAGUGGCAUACGCUGCAAAAGGAGUCUUUCACAAGGUUCUGCCCGAUGUCUGGAUUCAUACUGAUGCACACACACAAAAGAAUCAUGGAUGUGGGCCAAGUCCUGGGUUAUCACUAGUAGUAUCUACAGAAUCUACAACUGGGGUUAUUCUGACAGCAGAAUGCUGCCUAAAUCAAGCAGAGCGAGGGGCAGAACUACCAGAAGACUUGGGGCAACGAGGUGCUUGUUUGCUGUUGAAUGAGGUGCAAAAGGGCGGAUGCAUUGACACCUCUGUCCAAUCUCUAGCAUUCAUGUGGAUGACCUUGACGCCCGAAGAUGUUUCACGACUUCGAAUUGGAAGUCUGUCACCAUACUCGGUGGAGACCUUGAGACUACUGAAGAAAUUCUUUGGUAUCGAGUUCAAAUUGAAAGCCGAUGAGGAUUCCAAAACUAUCUUGAUGAGUUGUUUGGGGACAGGAUACCGUAACAUGGCCAAGGCUAGUACAUAG